AUGAGAGGGGAGCAUUAUUCACAGAGGUCCAUGGUGACUUCAGAAAAGCUGCAGAGCUUCACAGCUCAGGAAGUAUUUAAUAAGAUUAAGGCCAAGAACGCUCUGGAUCAUGCUGUUCAUUCGGCUCGUCAUGACUGUGAUCUGCUCAGAGAGCAGUAUGAGGAGGAGCAGGAGGCCAAAGCUGAGCUGCAGCGUGCUAUGUCCAAGGCUAACAGCGAGGUGGCUCAGUGGAGAACCAUGUAUGAAACUGAUGCCAUUCAGUGCACUGAGGAGCUCGAGGAGGCCAAGAAAAAGCUUGCCCAGCGUCUUCAGGAUGCAGAAGAGUCCAUCGAGGCUGUGAAUGUGAAAUGUGUCUCUUUGGAGAAGACCAAACAGAGGCUACAGGGUGAGGUGGAGGUCUUGAUGAUUGACGUGGAGAGAGCUAAUGCUCUGGCUGCAAACCUGGACAAGAAGCAAAGGAAUUUUGACAAGGUUCUUGCAGAGUGGAAGCAGAAGUAUGAAGAGAGUCAGGUCGAGCUGGAAGGAGCUCUGAAGGAGGUGUGUGCUUUGAACACAGAUGUUCAAAAUGAAAAACUCCUAUGAAGAAACUCUGGGCCACCUGGAGACCCUGAAGAGGGAGAACAAGAACUUGCAACAGGAAAUAAGUGAUUUGACUGAGCAUAUUAGUGAAACAGGAAAGACAAUUCAUAAACUGGAGAAGGGUAAGAAAACUGCAGAGAAUGAGGUCAGGAGCAGGAACGAUGCCCUAAGGUGCCAAAGAAUAUGGAGAAAGGCCAGGAGGUCGAUUAUCAGAAUGUCACUGAUUCAGUAAAGAACGGCCAACCGGAGACGGACCCCUGCCCCAAAGUACCAGGUGGGGCAGAAAGUUUGGCUCUCCGCCAAGGACCUACCAUUAAGGGUAGAAUCCUGGAAGUUGGCACCCCGAUUUGUUAGACCUUUCCCAAUUUCCAAGAUCUUCAACCCUGUCGCUGUACGGCUGAGAUUACCCAACUCUAUGAGGAUUCACCCCACAUUCCAUGUUUCUCAGGUCAAGCCCUUCGUGGAGCCCCGACUUUCACAUGUAGGUUUUGUCCCGUGGAAGAGGUUCAAGCAGUUCUAUAUAGCUCAAACUGGCGAUCUGUGACGAAUGAAGAAGCUUCUUCUUGCUCUUCUCUAAUUCAACAAACCUAUGUUUGGUUAAAACUAACAAAUCUUUUGUCUCAAUAGCAAAAUUUUAGAUUUCAGUUAAAGAAAUAACAAAAUAACAACAGUUUUUCUUGUGUAUGACAUGACUCAGGAGGUUUUUUGUUUGUAGCUCUUCAAGAUGAGAAAGAAAAGAAAACAUGGCAUUCAAGAAAAGCAGAUGAGUAAAUCCCGCAAGUCGGGAAAUGGCUACUCACAAAACUCACAAAAAUGUGUCUAUGGUCAGACCAAGACAGAACAAUAAUCAAAACAGCUUCAAACAACUGGACCUUUAAAGGACAAGGGCAUCUAAGGAGUAUAUUGCUAAUUUGCACAGUAAGAAGCAUAAUGAAAAAAGGAUAAAUAAAACUCUCGAACUCACUGUUAGAGAGAACUACAGUAAAAAGUGCCU